CUUCAAUUACUUUAUAAAUGUCUAGUCUCUAUAAAUUAUCCAUAAAGGGUAUAAGGUCAUUUGAGCCUGAACAUGAAGAGACUAUUCAAUUUGGAUUUCCCUUAACAUUAAUAUGGGGUCAAAAUGGGUGCGGAAAAACGACUAUAAUAGAAUGUUUAAAGUAUGCUACAACCGGUGAUUUACCACCUAAUUCAAAAGGAGGAGCAUUUGUUAAUGAUCCAAGUUUAUCCGGUAGAUCUGUUGUAUCAGGACAAAUUAAAUUAGCCUUUAGAAAUGCCAAUGGUAAAUCAAUGAUUACUACUAGAACUGUUCAAUUAACUAGAAAACAUACAAGAGGUAUAACCACCAAUACUUUUAAAACUUUAGAAGGUCAAUUAGCCACAAUUGAUGGAGGUAAUAAAAUUAGUAUUUCAACAAAAAAUGCUGAAUUAGAUACUCAAACUCCAAUUUAUCUUGCUGCUUCAAAAGCAAUUUUAGAUUAUGUUAUAUUUUGUCAUCAAGAUGAAAUGUUAUGGCCCUUAAGUGAAGCUUCAGUAUUAAAGAAAAGGUUUGAUGAAAUAUUCGAAGCUUCAAAAUUUACUAAAGUAUUAGAUAGUUUGAAAACAAUAAAAAAGGAUAUGACUACCGAUAUAAAAUUGAUUGAACAAAGUGUCAAACAUCUUAAACUUGAUAAAGAUCGAGCUAAAAAGGUUCAUGAUAGAUUACAACAAAUGAAUGAUUCUGUAGAUCAAUUCUCAGAAGAAAUUAGUAAUCUAAAUAUUCAAAUUGAACAGAAGGAAAAGGAAGCUGAAGAACUUUUUGCAUCCAAUCAACAAUUUCAAAAAACUCUUAGUGAUUAUGAAACUUUAAAAAUUAAACAAGUAACCUUACAAGAACUGAUUGAAAGAAUGAAAAAUUCAAUUGAAGUAUUAAAUGAUCCUUAUGAAGAUCUUAUAAAUAAACAAACUAAUUUUAAUAAAAUAACUAAGGAAAAGCAAGAUGAUGUGGUAAGGUUGCAAAAAAUUCAAUCAAACUUAAAUAAUAAAUUAGAAAGUAAAACCAAUACUUAUAAUCAAUUGAUUAGAUUAGAAGGAUCUUUAAAAUCAAAGGAAUCUGACUAUAAUGGAAAUUUAAUGAAAAUAGAAGAAUUAAUUAAUGAUAAUGCCGAAGAUUAUAAUUUCGAAGGUGUAGGAGAUGUAAAGAAAGAUUUAAUUGAAUUCAGUCUGAUAGUAGAAAAUAGUUUUGAAGAUGCCAAGAAAGGUCUUGAAGAUUAUACUGAUGAAUUCAAACAGAAUGAUCAACUUAAGCAAAAGUAUUUACAAGAAGUAUUGGAUUCUAUAACUAGAGAGGAACAACAUUUAAAAUAUAAUAAUAAAGAAUUAAAUUCCAUUAAAGAUAAAUUAUCUUUAUUAAAUCUUAAGAUUGAUGCAUCAGAUGCUGAUGAAGAUGAAUUAAUUUCUAAACGACUGGAAUUACAAAUUAUUACUGAAUCCUUAGAUGAAAAGAAAAAGUCUACAGAAGGUAAAGAUUUAGAUGUAAAAAUAUCUAGUAGCAAAGCCAAUCUUUCCAAAUUAGAGUUUGAGUUGGAAGAAAUAUCAAAGAAUAUAUCUGCCAGUAAUGAACAAGCAGAUCUUAGAUCGAGGCUUUCAUUUAUAACUGACACGAUUAAUUCAAAGCUUAAGAUUCAAAAGAAAUUAACCACUAAGCAUGGAGAUUUAUUCAAGGAACUUGUAGGAGUAGAUCUUAAUGUCAAUGAUGGAAAGGAUAAAUUCUUUGAAGUUUUCAAUAAAGUUCAAAGUGAGCUUCGUGAUCAGGAUGACAAAACCAAACAACUUGAAAAGGAAAUUGGUAAUUUAAAGGCUAAAAGGGAUGCUAUUAAUCAAUCACUUAGUUCUCAGAAUGUUCUGAUUAAUUCUCUAAAGGAAAAAAUCACUAAAGUCUUAGAAGUAGAUGAAAUUGAAUCUUAUGAUUCAAUAUUAUCAGAACUUGAGAAGAGUUAUAGUGAUGUGAUUGAAGAUGUUAAUACUGCCGAAGUUACAAAACAAUUUAAUAUAACUGCCAUACAAGUUGCAACUGAUCAUAAGCAUUGUUUAUUAUGUAAAAGAUCCUUUGAAGAACAAGGAUUAUCAAAAUUCAUCCAAGAAUUACAAAAUAGUGUAAAUCAAGAAAAGAUAAAUAAAAUUCAAGAGGAUGCUGCCGAUAUUAAAAAGGAAUUAGAAGAUAUUAGAUCUGUCAAUUCUUCUGUAUUGUCUUAUAGAUCUACCGUAAAGUCAGCAGGUGAUCUUAAAGGGGAAUUAGUAAAUGUUGAAGAAUCAAUAAAGAAUGUGGAAUUAAAGCUUAGUGAAGAAAACAAGAAAAAUAAAGAAUUACAACUGAAAUUAGAACCAUUGAAUGAUUUUAAAACAGUAAUACAAGAUAUUGAAAGAUCAAUUAAAGAGAUUUCUGAUUUAAAGACUCAAGCUUCUCAAUUAGAAAAUCAAUUAGGUGAUUUCGGAACUGAUGUUUUAUCGAUUACUGAAUUACAGAGGUUACAACUGGAAAAGAAUAGUGAUAUUAAGAAACUCAGAAUAGUAAUCAAUGAUGAUACUGAUCGUAGAAAUGAAAUUAGUAGAACUUUACAAAGAUUGGAGAGUCAAUUGAAGGAUAUUCAAUUAAAUAUAAGUAAUUUGGAAAGAAAUUUAGCAGAAGUGACAAAUUUGAAAAAGGCAGUUGAAGAAUCAAAGGCCCAACUUGAAAAGCUUCGCAUACAAGAAGAGUCAAUUACAAAGAUUUUAAAAGAGUUGGAUGAAAACAAGAUAGAAAGAAAAAAGGUUGUUGAUGAAUUCCGUAAACAAGGAGAGAUUGUUAUGAGAGAAAAGGAGUCGAUCUUAAAGGAUAGAUCAGAUCUCCGAGUAACAUUUACUUCAUUAAGUACAGCAAUCAAAGAAUUUGAAUCUAAUGACUUGGCUAAACUUCGGGAAAAUGCCAAAGAAAUCCAAGUUAUAGUUGAAGAGAGAGAUAAAUUAUCAUUAGAGAUUGAAGAAAAUCUGAAAACAAUUAGAUUACUUGAGAAAGAAGUCAGUGAAGCUUCGAGAAUUGAGCUUAAUAUUGUGGCUAACAUCGAUUACAGAGCUCAGUUAACCCAAUUAGAAAAUACCCACAAUCAAAUUAAUGUUUUAGAUUUAAACAAUGCUCAAGCACAGAAGGAAGAAUACCACGAGAAAUCUAGAAAAAUCAGACAAGAACUUAAUGAAUUAACAUCUUCUCAUGCAGGUAAAAUAGGUGAAGUAAAGCAGAUUAAAGAUCAAGCAAAGGCUUUGCAGAAAGAAUUACAAACAGAAUACAAAAAUGUCAAUGAAAACUAUCAUGAAGAGUGGGUGAAGUUACAAACUAAUAUGUUGAUUUCAAAUGAUAUUCAAACAUAUUCUAAAGUACUUGACAAUGCCAUCAUGAAAUAUCACAGUAUUAAGAUGGAAGAUAUAAAUAGAAUAUUGAAUGAGUUAUGGUCUCAGACGUAUAAGGGAACUGAUAUAUCUUCAAUUGCCAUUAAAAGUGAUGUGAAUUUACAAGCUAAAGGUAAUAGAUCUUACAAUUACAGAGUGGUAAUGUAUAAGGAUACAAAUGAACUUGAUAUGAGAGGAAGAUGUUCUGCAGGUCAAAAAGUUCUUGCAAGUAUCUUGAUUAGAUUAGCAUUAGCUGAAUGUUUUGGAGUCAAUUGUGGUAUGAUUGCAUUAGAUGAACCAACAACCAAUUUAGAUUCAGAAAAUGCUAUUUCUUUAGCAGAAGCUUUGAACCAUAUCAUUGAAUAUAGAAAAGCACAACUGAAUUUCCAGUUAAUUAUUAUUACCCAUGAUGAGAAUUUCUUAACUCAUAUAAAUGGAGGUAGAUUUACUGAUCAUUUCUAUAGAAUUCAAAGAGAUGAGAAUCAAAGUUCCCGUAUUUAUAGUCUUCCAAUAAGUAAAAUGCAAGAGAAUUAGUUUUAAUUUUAAUUAAAUAUUGUACAUAGUCUAAUAAGAAGAAUUAAGUGCAGUGGUUUCAAGAUCAAUAUGAUAGUUUGAAGUACUGAUUUGAUAAUCGUUGAUUAAUCUUUUCUUUUGUUCAGUUAGU